AUGGCAGAAUCACUGCUUCUCCCUGUGGUGCGCGGCGUGGCCGGCAAGGCCGCAGACACUCUGGUCCAGACCGUGACCCGCAUGUGUGGCCUCGAUGAUGACCGCCAAUCGCUGGAGCGCCAUCUGCUAGCCAUCGAGUGCAAGCUGGCCAACGCGGAGGAAAGGAGCCAGACGAAUGUCUACCUCAAGAGCUGGAUGGAGAAGCUCAAGGCCAUCACCUACGACGCUGACGACGUCAUCGACAAUUUCCAGUACAAGGCACUGCGCCGCAAUGCUCAGAUCGGCAAUUCCAACCCCCGCACGAUACUCGACUAUGUCACCCACCACAGUCCACUGCUCUUCCGUUUCGCCAUGAGCGGGAAGCUUAAGUCUGUCCUCGAGAAGAUCAAUAACUUAGUGGAGGAGAUGAACAAGUUUGGCCUUGAGAAUUCUGUCCAUCGAGAGGAGCCGCAAUAUCGUUGGCGGCAGACGCACUCCAGGCUGGAUGAGUUUACCAAGAUAUUUGGAAGAGACCAUGAAAAGGAUGGGGUGGUGAAGGUGCUGCUAGACCAACGAGAUCAGAGGAAGGUGCAAGUGCUGCCCAUCUUUGGUAUGGGAGGUCUUGGCAAGACGGCACUUGCUAAGAUGUUGAAGAUAUGGCACUGUGUGUCAGACAAUGUUGAUAUUAUUUCUCUUCUGAAAUUCGUCAUUCAAUUGGCUAUUAAUGAUUUGCCAGGAAAAGAAAAAGGAAAAGAAUUGGCUACAAUUGGAAGUUGGUAUUUGUCAGGAAGCAUCGAACUAUUGCAGAAGAAACUUGAAGAAGUCAUGGGUCGGAAAAGAUUUUUACUUGUUCUCGAUGAUGUAUGGAAUGAAGAGAAGAGGACAUGGGAUGAUGAAUUGAAGCCACUAUUGUGCUCUGUUGGCGGACCAGGAAGUGUUAUAGUGGUCACGUGUCGAAGUAAGAAAGUGGCCUCUAUAAUGAGCACCGUUAAGCCCCAUGAGCUAGCAUUUUUGAGUGAAGAAGAUUCAUGGGAACUCUUUUCGAACAAAGCAUUUAACAAUGGUGUAGAAGAGCAAGUAGAGUUAGUUACCAUCGGAAGACGUAUAGUCAAUAAAUGCGGGGGGUUGCCUCUUGCUCUCAAGACAAUGGGUGGAUUGCUGAGUUCGAAGCAACUAGUGCCAGAAUGGAAGGCCAUCGAAGAGACUAACAUUGGGGAUAAUAUUGGAGGCAAACAUGAGGUCAUGCCCAUACUAAAGUUAAGCUACAAGCACUUGUCAUCUGAAAUGAAGCAAUGCUUUGCACUCUGUGCACUUUUCCCCAAAGAUUAUGAGAUGCAGAAGGAUAUGUUGAUUCAACUAUGGAUAGCAAACGGCUUUAUUCAAGAAGAGGGAACAAUGGAUUUGACACAAAAAGGCGAAUUCAUUUUCCAUGAGCUGGUUUGGAGAUCCUUCCUCCAAGAUAUGAAAGUGAUAGUAAAAUCUAUGUUCUUUUAUGAUACCACGGAACAUGAGACAAUAGUUAAAGUCGAAAAGAUCAUUGGGUUCUUCGAUAGCAAAUCAUCUCUGCGCACUUUGUUAGCUCCUUCAUCAAUACACCAGGAUUUAAAACGGCUCUAUGUUGGCAGAUGGUUGGAGAGGAUGCCUCGAAACAUUGGUCAGCUGAACAACCUUCGCACACUAACAACAUUUGUUGUGGACACUACAGAUGGUUGUGGAAUUGAGGAGCUCAAAGACUUGCAACACCUUCACAACAGGUUGGAACUGCAUAACUUGAGAGACAUAAAGAGUGUAAAGCAUGCAAAAGAAGCCAAUCUCCAGCAGAAACAAUAUCUGAGUGAGCUUUUGUUCUCUUGGGGCCUUACAAUAUAUGGCGAGCCCGAAAAUGAAGGAUGCAAUGAAGAGGAAAUGUUCCAGUAUCUGGAACCACAUAUUAAGAUCCAAAUUUUGGAGUUAUAUGGAUAUGGUGGCGUGGAAGUACCACAAUGGAUGAGAGAUCCGCAGAUGUUUCAGUGCUUAAGAAAACUCACAAUUUUCAACUUGACAAGGUGUAAGAAUUUGCCUGUAGUAUGGUUGUCCCCCACACUGGAGUACUUGUCCUUAAAGAUCAUUGAUAAACUGAAGACAUUAUGUGAUAACCCUUACAUAGAAGUUGGAGGACACAAUACCCCUCUAAAGAUUUUCCCUAAUUUGAAGAAGAUGAUCUUGAAAGGGCUACUUAGUCUAGAGGGGUGGAUAGAAAACAAUGCGGGAGUGGCUAUUGAUAGCUUAGUAACAUUCCCGGUGCUUGAGGAGCUAGAAAUCGAGGACUGCCCCAAGCUAUCAAGUUUUCCACUAAGCCCUGUUCUGAAAGUCCUGAAGAUAAAUGAAUUUGACAUUGUUGGAUUACGCUCACGCCGGGAGGGGAAGGACGAGACCCCACAGAUAGACUCUCCAUGUUUGGUGGCGCUGCCUUCAAACCUUGGAGAUCUGACAAAGUUGUGGGAGCUACUGGUGCAUGACUGCAAGAGUCUGAAAGCGUUGCCUGAUGGGAUGGAUCGUCUCACUUCUCUUCGGUCAUUGACAAUCAUGAAUUCUCCAGCAAUAGAGCAACUCCCGAAUGGUCUCCUUGAGCGGUUGCCAACACUCGACUACCUAUUCAUAUGGGGCUGCCCCGAGUUGGAAUUACGAUGCAGAGAAGGUGGGGAGUAUUUCCAUCACCUGCUCCCUAUCCCACAUAAAUACAUUGCAACAGAAUCAGAACUGCAAUUCAGAAUGAGAGCACCAGAAGCAGAAUCCAGUGGAAAGAACUUUUUAAGGAGGCUCCUCCCCUGUUGUGUUCGCUCGAAGUCUGACUCUGAGUCUAACAAUAACCAAGGAUCUGCUGACUCUGAAACCUUUUGA